CGGGAUGAUUUUAAAAGUCGGGGGAAGCCCAUUCACGCGGUCUAGCGCUCGGUUUGAUGUAACCGUGUGAGCCCGUUCCAUGGCAGCGGCAUCGGCAGCUGUAGGGAAUCCCUCCCCGAGCGUCGUUCUCGUCUGACCGCUUUACGUUACAGCUCCGCGGCCUCCUUCUUGACAGAUCCGCUUCAUGUGUCGCAUUUGCAGCAGUGACACCGGUGUCAUUUGGAGCGACUGAGAAGAACAUUUUAAAACUGUCCUGUGGUACACAAAGGCUGCAUCCAGCAGAGGGAAUUAUAAGCAAAAAUAAAAUAAAAAAAAAAUACAAAAAAUAAAAAUCAUCCUUGAUGAGGUGCGUUUUCGGUUUUGGUGUAGAAGAUCAUCUUGUUAUUUUCCAUCAAGCGCUGUUAUUUUCACCGGUCCUCGUGUAACUUUUGAGAGGACAGAAGACUAUUUGCUAUAACCUGACUUUUUUUGAAGAAUAAAAAUUACAUUUUCCUGUGUUUUUGCAGGCAGCCGCCGCCAAGUGACUUCGAUAUGGCAUUAAGCGAGAUGGAAGGAAGAGCUCUCCUUUUUAAAGAGACCCUACACACCUUCAGCUGGAAGUUGUCCCGAUGAAGAUAUCCUGGCAGGACUGGCUAAGAAGGAGCCCGAAGACUUGCUGGACUAUGAUUUCAUCCUCUCCAACACAAUGCUACAGCAGCAACAGGAAACCAUUGGUAGCAACUCUCAAAACCUGCCCCCCUCCCCAGCUCCUUAUGAGCUCCCCUCUCCUCAGGACACUUCUAGUGAUGUCCUCUAUGCUAUCCCCGACGUCAAUGACAUGCCUCCUUCAGGGGGCUUUGUGGCAGAACUUAUGCGACCAGACCUGGAUCCUGCAUACCUGCAACCAGCCAGCGUACAUGGAAAGUUUGUGGUCAAGACUACCAUGGACAUAGCGGACUAUAGCCAGAACCACAGUGUCACUAAAACCAGCCCUUCUCUGGAGUCGUCUUUGCCCUUCAUUUGCAAUAGGAUAAAGAAGGAGAAUCCUACCACGUGCACCAUUACCCAACAAAUAGAUCCACACCUUGGCAUUAACUCUCACACUGGGACUUGCCAAAGAGCCCAUCUUGAGCAUCACGGAUUUCCCUCUGGCCACCCAAGGGUGGGCACCCGUCUGUCAGGAAGCCUGACCCAGGAAGACAUACUAAGCAGAGACCAUCACCCCUCUUCUCAGGUUAUAAAUCACUCGCCAUUGCCUCUUCCCCAGAGCUACCAUGUCCCCGCAGGCUACCCUCCCUUCCAGCCGCCUCCAUCCUUGCAGUACCAAGGUCAGUCCUGUCUAAGUGUUUUUGAAGAACAUUUGUGCGUUCUCCAUUGCCCACCUGAGGCUAUGCUCACUCCACCCUCUUCACCCCUAGAGCUCAUGUCCCCGGCAGAAUCCUUGCCAGAAGAGCCCAAACCCAAGCGAGGGCGUCGAUCUUGGCCCAGGAAAAGGAUAGCCACACACACGUGUGACUAUGCGGGCUGUGGAAAAACCUACACCAAAAGCUCCCAUCUGAAAGCACACCACAGAACUCAUACAGGAGAGAAGCCUUAUCACUGUGACUGGGAGGGUUGUGGUUGGAAGUUCGCCCGUUCUGAUGAGCUUACACGCCACUACAGGAAACACACCGGCCAUCGCCCUUUCCAGUGUCAAAAAUGUGACCGGGCCUUCUCCAGGUCAGAUCACUUGGCCCUGCAUAUGAAACGGCACUUAUAAGACUAUUCCGAAAGGUAAAACCUAAUGAAAUUUGGGACUUUAUACUGUGCACUGCCUUUGAGCUAUGGCCAUAUGACACACGCUGACGUCAAUGACAAAACAACUGACAACCAGGGCUUGAAAAGCAGGUGAUGUCAUUGGCUUCCAGUGACCAGCAGAAGACUCUUGAGAUCUAUCAUUACUCCCUGGGACUUAACUGGAAUGAUUAUCCCUACGCAGACAAAACUUGGAGGACCAAGUGCCAAAGUAUGACUGGAAAUCUAUGAAUUUCAGGGGAAAAAAUACAAAUGAUUACCAGUAACAAAGAGGCCUUCAACCUUCAUAAUUACAUCUCUCUUCUGGAACACACUGUGCAACAUUGUAUUAAAAAUCUAUUUUAUAUUGUUUUAACAGGCCAUUCAGUUGGGGUACAAAAAUCAUUUAAAGUAAGUUACAAGAUGGUGCUUAGUGACUUGCGUAUUUAUGGUACCUAAGGAGGGGGCUGAGAGAGCAAAAUGGCGCAAAGUUCACCCAAACUCCACUGAAUGCUUUUGGGAAACUUGGCCUUUUUUUAAGUGCCAUAUGGAUAUCUGUGACUUUCUUACAAAGUUUUAUUCCACAUGCUUGACAACAAUCAGGUGAAUGUUUUACUUCUAAGCAGUGAUGUCAGUUUUCACUACACUGUGGUUACAAAGUGCAAUAAUGUCUUAAAUGGAACAUUUUUCAGAGAAUAGUCUGAACAAAGGUUUUUAACACUAAAUAAUAUAAUCUGCUUAAUUUUGUAUAUUUGUAAAUAAAUGUUUUAUUGAAGCUGGAAUUUGUAUGUACAGUAUUAUCACAACACUAUGCAUCAAAUAAAACUUAUUUAAAUGUUGGUACAUUUUAA